UAAUAACCUUUUAAAUUAACUUUGCUUUGUUUCAGAACCAGCGUUAUAUUGCUUGUCAAGGUCCUACACAAAAUACGGUGCUGGAUUUCUGGAGGAUGGUUUGGCAAUUAAAAUGUAACACUAUAGUCAUGCUAACUGACAUUAUGGAGAAUGGAAAGAUAAAGUGUGUGCAGUAUUGGCCAGAUGAAGAGAAUACUGAGUCAUUUGGUACCAUCCAAGUUACGCAUAUCAGCACUGGAUUUCAUGCAACUUAUAUACACCGCAGAUUUAUUAUUUCAAAGACGGGUGCUCAACAGAAUGAAAGUUGGACAAUCGAUCAUUUCUUCUUUAAUAAAUGGCCAGAUCAUGGCAUUCCACAACACACAGAAUAUAUCUUAGAAUUCAGAAAUGCUUUAAGGUUCAGAGAAGGAACAACAUCAUCAUUGAUUGUACAUUGCAGUGCUGGUGUUGGCCGUACCGGAACUUACAUUUGCAUUGACAUUCUUCUAAAUGAGAUGUUGACUGGUGAAUCUGUUGAUGUAUUGGCAAGUGUCACGAAGCUUCGGGAGGAGAGGGUGCAUAUGGUCCAGAAAAGGAUACAACUGGAGUUUAUAUAUGAUGUUUUAGUCGAGAACAUUCUCACCGGAGAUUAUGAUAUAAAUGUGAAUAAUAUAUCAAAGGAAUUCUCUAGAAUAAAGGAAACAGAUCAUUCAACAAGAGUAUCAAUUUUAGAGCAUCAGUUUCAGAUUUUCAAAAUUAAUUUUCUAGAAAAUAACUGGGGUUUUUCUUUUUCAGAAAUCGAAGGAGAGUAUGCGAAUUUCAAUAUCAGCGGAGUCUUCAUUGAUGGUCCUUUUAGUGAAAAAGAAUUGUUUGUUACAAAAUCUCCAAACGAAAACGAUGCUCUGGAGUUUUUGAGGUGUAUGCGCAAAAGAGGUUACCUAAAUAUCGUAGCAUUUGAUUCAAGCGAGGAAACACCUACUUACUUGCCUAGGACAUUAAAUGAAACUGUUAAAAUUGGGCCAUAUCUCCUGGAACUAAUAAAUGUUGAAGGAAAAGAUGUUUGUAUACAUAGAGUUUUGAAGGUUGAGUUUGAUAACAAUUCGAGGAUCGAAGAAUUUGAGAUCAAUCAUUUCCAGGUUACCAUAUGGGCGGACGGAAAUUAUCCAUCAUGCGCAGAGAUUUUACAACUAAGUGAUAUUCUCAGCGCUCAUCAAAAUGAGCAGUUCAAUAAAAAAAUUGCUGUGUAUUGUAGUAAAAAUUUCCAUAAAAGUGGUUUGCUGUGCAUCAUUCACAUUUUAAAAGAUGCAAUAACCAGUCAAUCAGUAAUCAACAUAGUUCGAUUGGUUCGACUGAUCAAGAAAAUAGAACCAAAUAUAAUACCUGACUGUGAAUCCUACGCCUUUAUUUGGGAAGUUGCUGCAUAUUUACAGAACGAAUCGUCUCUAUACGCCAAUUUUGUACAGUGAUGCGUAGGAGUGAAUUUUUUUGGAGACCCCCCCCCCCCAUUAUUCAAAACAAUUACUUCUUUGUUGGAUAAAGAAAACAAAAGCCUCGCGAGAAUUUUUAUAGUAUCUACCAAAGGAAAUGGAAAACCAUUUCAAGAAGAUAAGAAUUCGUCUCUCAAAAUUAAUUUACAUGCUACGGGGAAGGCUUCAUCUUUGUUUACACAUAUAAGCCAACUAUGAGCAUAAUUCGGUAAUAAUACCUUAUGCUAAUUACAGUAGCCAAAAGUAAUUCGGAACACUUUUUUUUUCAUGAAAUGUCAAUGUAAAUUCAUCAGGAAGCCUCAGAAAGAAUGCGCUGAAUUUAUGGUUUUCAAUAAACGAAAAUAUGUCUCUCCUUGCCUACAAAUAAAUGGUUGAGGUUUUUCUCUCUUAUACAAGUCAAUUAACUUUGAAAUAUAAAUAUUGAUAUCUUGGAAUUAUUACAACUUUUCUUUGAGACUUGGCCACAAUUGGCGAUAAAUUCUCUUUUGUUGUCUCCAACUGAGAAGAUUAUCAACUAAUUUUUAUUUUUCUGUUGUGUGUAUACAGCAUUCAGUAUAUCACCGGUUAACAUAGUUAUCCAAAUCUAUGUCAUUUAAUCUUUUGAGUCAUUGCCCUUAUUCACAUUUUUCUUAAUUAUAUAUCUUACAAUAUUUUAUCUGCUGAUUUAUUACAAUCAGUUUCCUUUGCCCCUUUCUCCAUUUUCAAUAUUUUGUUCUUUCACUUUUUUUAUCCUUUCUUAUAUUUAAUCAACACACUUGAUAACCUACAUUUUAAUAUGAUAUAACGUUUGACAUUCCUACAAUUACAAGAGGUAACCUUCAGCUAAUUCGAAACAGCGAUCAAAGUUUUAAUA